CCUUUCAUAAGCCCAUUAACAUCCCACCUCCCUGUCGGUCAUAUUUGCCUACUCGGUAACGCCAUAUAUACAUCCGUCUCUCUCAUCGACGGGAAUCCAGCUGGUAUCCAGAGAUCUCGCUGUGGGUGCAUGGACGGUUUCAUUCUCAUUUCCUCUCUUGUUUGAUUCCUUUCUUUGCGCAUACGACCUUCUUCUUGCGACUGCAUAUUACGACGACAGCGCCUCUGCGAAAUCCACUCUGAAUAUCCUGUGUAGGAAAGGGACCAUUACAGCUGUAUCGUAUUCCGGCCGUCUUCUGGGAAGACUGCGAACAUUGGAAGAUCCCACAGCGCUGCGCCGAUACCGCGUUACAAGCCCACGAAGUACAUUACAGUCCAACGGCACUCGCUGGACGGAGCGCCUUUCAUGUCCUCUCCUUCCCUCGACAAUAUCUCUCUCCCUCCCAUUGCCACGCCCUCGGAUCCUCCCACUCCCAAGAGCAUUUCGUCGGAUGCCACUCUCGAUGCUUCCAAGAAUGCCAGGCAGAUCGUGAGAUUAGUCCAAUGCCCCCAAUGCUCCUACCCGCUGCGAGAACCGGUCACCUUGCCGUGUGGAAACACAUUGUGCAAGACAUGCAUCCCCGAACUGCAUUACCGCACAAAUAUUUCUUAUCCCGCGACGGCGAAUAGAUUACAAGGCUUCGCAUGUCCGUUCAAAACCUGCGGGAAGGAACAUGCGGUGGGGGAUUACAGUGUGGAUGUGGUGCUCAAUAAGGUCUUGGAUAUUGUAAAAACGGUGAUGGAAAAAUGUCGGGGCACUACUGAGGCAUCCAUAGUUCUGUCGCAGGUUCAAGAGGUGGACCGGUGGGCAAUCGCGGGGAUAUCUUCUCUGCAUGAUGAUCUGGUACGGACUCGACUUCUCCCCGGUGGACGACUCUUGGCAACUUAUACCAUGGCGGAGAUGGGAGAACUUGCAUACGAUUCCGAGGUUAUGUACCCGGCAAUGGGUUCUUCGAAUGAAACUGAAGAGCUGGAUACCAAAGUGUUCGAACACUUGAAAGAAUCCGCAAGGUCUGAGAUGGAUUGUCAAGUUUGCUACGAUGUGUUUCUGGAUCCUCUGACCACGAAUUGUGGCCAUACACUCUGCCGACAAUGCCUCCACCGCGUCCUCGAUCACUCGAAUCUUUGCCCGCUAUGCCGACGGCGGAUGGAAAUCCCACCAGGAGUCAGCGCUCAGCAAGCUUCUUCUAAUGCGCUCCUUACAAAACUGAUUUCUAGUCUCUGCCAUGAGGCUCUUGAUUUGCGACUAGAAUCUAUGAGAUUGAGUGACAUGCACGAUGUUACUGAAUUAGAUACACCGCUAUUUAUCUGCACACUCUCCUUCCCUUGCACGCCAACCUUCCUGCAUGUUUUCGAGCCUAGAUAUCGAUUGAUGAUUCGACGAGCUAUCGAGAGCGGUGACCGAAAAUUCGGCAUGCUGCUGUAUAAUCCAAGCCGUGAGCCUCAAGGAGAGUUGGGAAGGGUCCCAUUCUAUGAACUUGGGACCUUACUCCACAUCGUCAACAUGCAGCUUAUGCCGGAUGGUCGAAGCCUCCUCGAGACCGUUGGAGUCUCUAGAUUUCGGGUUGUCAGACAUGGUGUACUUGAUGGCUAUACUGUUGGCAAGAUAGAGAGAAUUGAUGAUGUCAGCGUCACAGAGGAAGAAGCUCUCGAGGCGGCCGAAACAUCAUCCAUUGCAGGAAAUUUCUCCGCAGAGGGCUACGAUACCCCUCCACGUCAGAGCCCUUCAAGAGAAUCUGGAGAUCUACCUUCCCUCCAGGAGCUCAACUCAAUACCAACAAAAGAGCUGAUGGAUAUCGGGGUACGUUUCGUGCAGAGGAUGCAGGAUAACAGCGCAUCAUGGCUGCAGCGAAACGUGGUCCAUGCCUAUGGCGAAUGCCCCGACGACCCUGCACUGUUCCCCUGGUGGUUUGCAAGUGUAAUUCCCACCUCUGAUGCGGAAAAGUAUAAAAUGCUCUCGACCUCGAGCGUCCGGGAGCGGUUAAAAAUGUGUGUGGUUUGGGCAGCCGAGCUCGAGGCGCAGAGAUGGUAUGCUUCUCCCUCUCCACCACUCUCGCCGUGAAGGAAAAGAGUGUAAGUGUUGGUCUUGGCAUAGGCUGCGCAACUAACAAAUCAUCUAGGGGCUCCGGCUCCAACUGUACGGUCUUAUGACUAUCCGGCGUCAGUUUUUUAGUGCUAUUGCUCAGCGUGUUUAUCAUUUAUUGCGGGAACACGAGGGAUGUUCAAAGCAGCAGUUGACGAGAUAGAAUUUUUUUUCGAAAAGGGGGCAUAUGGUGGGGCCAGUUCUUUUGUUACAACAGCGCUAUAUGCGGUCGCAGGCUUUUUGCAUUGUAGGAUAACAGGCGGUUGGUUAGGGGUAGGUGUGAUUUGGAUGGAACAACAUAGGCAUGCAUUAUGGUCCUCACGAUAUCGUAACUUUGCGAGACUUGAGGUUGGGUUCAUUGUAUAUAUCACAAUAUGUUUCCCGCUUAUCGCAGCAAUGACCACCACCAUGAC